AUGCUCGGUGCCCUUUGUGUCCCGGGCUGGCUGGCUGGCGGGCGGCUGGCUAGGCAAAGGCCCGGCCGCUUUGAGUGCAGCGCCGGCCGCGACGCGGGGCCCUCCGUGAAGAGCCGGGGCGGCGGCGAGGCCGGUUCCGCCAUGGUGAAGAAGCGGAAAGGCCGAGUCCUCAUUGACUCCGACACCGAAGACAGCGGCAGCGAGGAGAACCUGGACCAGGAGCUCUUGUCGUUGGCUAAACGGAAACGUAGUGACUCUGAGGAAAAGGAAGCACCUGCUAGCAAGCCAACAGCAUCGUCAGAUAGCGAUGAAACUUCAGACAGUGAUGAUGAGUGGACAGUUGGUGGUGCUAAAAACAAAAAGAAAGGGAAAGCAGGGAAAGCAGAGAAAAAAGGAGCCAUGAAGAAACAGAUGAACAAAGCAGCCUCAUCGGGCAGCUCUGAUAAAGAGAGUUCUGCAGAGAGCUCAGCACCUGAGGAAGGUGAAGUAUCAGACUCUGAAAGCAACAGCUGUUCAUCCAGCUCAGACUCUGAUUCGUCAUCUGAAGAUGAGUUCACAGAUGGCUAUGGGGAAGACCUCAUGGGUGAUGAAGAGGACAGAGCUCGGCUGGAACAAAUGACAGAGAAGGAGAGGGAACAGGAGUUGUUCAACCGGAUAGAGAAAAGAGAGGUGCUGAAGAGAAGGUUUGAAAUAAAAAAAAAAUUAAAGACAGCAAAAAAGAAAGAAAAGAAAGAGAAAAAGAAAAAGCAAGAAGAAGAACAGGAAAAGAAGAAACUUACACAGAUCCAAGAAUCCCAGGUAAUGUCACAUAAUAAAGAGCGGCGGUCAAAGCGAGAUGAAAAAUUGGAUAAGAAAUCCCAAGCCAUGGAAGAACUGAAAGCAGAGAGAGAGAAAAGGAAGAACAGGACAGCAGAGUUGCUUGCAAAGAAACAGCCAUUAAAAACUAGUGAAGUAUACUCUGAUGAUGAAGAGGAGGAGGAAGAUGAUAAAUCUAGUGAGAAGACUGAUCGUUCGUCCAGAUCUUCAUCUUCUGAUGAAGAGGAAGAGAAAGAAGAAAUUCCUCCCAAAUCACAACCAGUGUCUUUGCCUGAAGAACUAAAUCGGGUUCGAUUAUCUCGGCAUAAACUGGAGCGUUGGUGUCACAUGCCAUUUUUUGCCAAGACAGUCACAGGCUGCUUUGUGCGCAUUGGCAUAGGAAACCACAACAGCAAACCAGUUUACAGGGUGGCAGAAAUAACUGGUGUUGUAGAAACUGCAAAGGUUUAUCAACUUGGAGGUACCAGGACAAACAAAGGAUUACAGCUAAGGCAUGGCAAUGACCAGCGUGUCUUCCGAUUAGAGUUUGUCUCCAAUCAAGAAUUCACAGAGAGCGAAUUCAUGAAGUGGAAGGAAGCUAUGUUUUCUGCUGGGAUGCAGUUACCCACACUAGAUGAAAUAAACAAGAAGGAAGUGUCCAUCAAAGAAGCCCUCAACUAUAAAUUUAAUGACCAGGACAUUGAGGAGAUUGUAAAAGAGAAAGAAAGAUUCCGGAAAGCUCCACCAAACUACGCCAUGAAGAAAACACAGCUACUAAAAGAGAAGGCAAUGGCAGAGGACAUGGGAGACCAGGACAGGGCAAAACAGAUUCAAGAUCAGCUUAAUGAGUUAGAGGAGAGAGCAGAGGCCUUGGAUCGCCAGCGAACAAAAAAUAUUUCAGCCAUCAGUUACAUUAAUCAGAGAAAUAGAGAAUGGAACAUUGUGGAGUCCGAAAAGGCUUUAGUGGCUGAAAGCCACAAUAUGAAAAACCAGCAAAUGGAUCCCUUUACUAGGCGGCAGUGCAAACCCACAAUAGUCUCAAAUUCUAGAGAUCCAGCUGUCCAAGCUGCUAUUCUUGCCCAAUUGAAUGCGAAAUAUGGAUCUGGCGUAUUGCCAGAUGCUCCAAAGGAUGUAAACAAGAGUCAGGGAAAAGACAAAGAUAUUAAUUCAAAAUCAGCCAGUGACCUCUCAGAGGACCUUUUCAAAGUGCAUGAUUUUGAUGUGAAGAUCGAUCUCCAGGUUCCCAGCUCAGAGUCCAAAACACUGGCUAUCACUUCCAAGGCUCCUCCUGCAAAAGAUGGUGCACCCCGGCGAUCGCUGAACCUGGAGGACUACAAGAAAAGGCGGGGGCUUAUUUGAGCAUACCCACUCUCUGCUGUUUCUGAUCCUGCAUGCUACACGAUGGCCAUUAUUUUGUUCCUUCCCUCUUCAGUUUGCCCUUUGGGGUUGGAGCAGCAACAGAGCGGGGAAGAGACUCUUUGAAAUUGCCAGCCAUCUGUAAUAUAAACCAUUGACUCUUUACUGUAUAGAUCUCCCUUCUUGUCCUUCCCUCCUGCCACCCAUACAUGUGGAUCCGUGCUAUUUAGGUUU